CAUUAAAUUACACAAGUUUAAAAUGGCGAACUGGUUUCAGUUUUCGUGUAUAAAAACGGGCCAGACCGUUGGUGUAUUAUCAGUUAAACAGAUACAUUAACCGGUAAUCACUUCAUUACACAUAUAAUUAAAAUGGCUUUCAGGUGUAUGAUCCUUUGCAUUACUCUAGCCUUCGCCAGCGCUGGCAACCUCUUGGCCCCAGCUGCCGUGAGCUACUCAGCAGCCCCAGCCCUGGCCUACAGCGCCCCACUCGCCUACUCCACCCCAGCGAUCACCUCCCAAUCCUCAAACAUCUACAGGACCGCAGGAAACUUGGGACAAAUCUCCACCUACUCCAAAACCAUUGACACCCCAUACUCCAGCGUGAGCAAAUCUGACGUCAGGGUCUCCAACCCCAGAUUAAGAUUCGCUGCUGCCCCAGCUCUCGCUUACUCCGCUCCCAUCGCUCAAGCCGCUUAUGCUGCUCCAGUCGCUUAUGCCGCCCCAGUAGCUCACGCCUCCUACGCUGCUCCAGCUCUUGCCGCCCCCGCUUACGCCACCUCCUCCAGCUUUGCUACCCGCUCUUCUCUUCUGGGAGUCGCUUACUCAGCUGCCCCAGCUGUAGCUCACGUUACCUACGACAACGGUUUCUCCCGUUAUGCUUGCCGAGACACGGUCGUAAAAAUUAUCAUUUCCUUUACUUCAUUUCGAGUGAUAAGCAACACCUCCCAAGCUACAAAAAUGGCAUUCAGAUUCAUGGUACUUUGCGCCACCCUCGCCCUUGCCAGCGCCGGCAACCUCUUGGCCCCAGCUGCCGUAAGCUACGCAGCAGCCCCAGCACUGGCCUACAGCGCCCCACUCGCCUACUCCACCCCAGCGAUCACCUCCCAAUCCUCAAACAUCUACAGGACCGCAGGAAACUUGGGACAGAUCUCCACCUACUCUAAGACCAUCGACACCCCAUAUUCCAGCGUCAGCAAAUCUGACGUCAGGGUCUCAAACCCUGGACUAAGAUUCGCUGCUGCCCCAGCUCUCGCUUACUCCGCUCCCAUCGCACAUACCGCUUAUGCUGCCCCAGUCGGUUAUGCCGCUCAAGCCGCUUAUGCCGCCCCAGCUGCUUAUGCCGCCCCAACAGCCUAUGCUGCCCAUGCUUCUCCUCUGUUGGGAGCAGCUUACUCUGCCGCCCCAGCUGUCGCUCAUGUCACCUACGACUCCGGAGUGUCCCACUACGCUUGGUAAUUGUUGAUUUUUAUGUUAUUGUUUGUCAAUUUAUUUAUUUAAAUAAAUGUUUGUGAUAUAAAA